UCUUGGCAGAUGGAGCCACCAUUGUAGCCAAUCCUAUUAGCAACACUUUCAACACAGCUUCUGCAGCAACUACAGUCGUGCAAACCCACAGCCAGAGUGCCAGUGCCAGUGCACCAGCCCAGGGCUCUUCCCCGCGCCCAAGCAUCCUCCGGAAGAAACCAACCACAGAUGGACUGGCAGUCCGGAAAAGCUUAAUUCCACCUCAGCCGCCGGACGUAGCUAGCACGCGUGUGGAGAGUACUAUGCGAAGCACGUCGGGAUCGCCAAGGCCUGCUGGUGCCAAGCCAAAACCUGAAAUUCACGUGUCCAUGGCCACUCCAGUCACUGUGUCUAUGGAGGCAGUGUCUAACCAGGGCAGUGAGCAGCCCACCAUUGCGGUCCCCCCUACCUCCCAGCAGCCCCCCUCUGCCAUUCCAGCAAUCAUCGCAGCAGCCAGUCCCACUUCGCAGCCUGCGGCAGCUCUGUCCACCAUUCCAGGAACUGUCCCGGCGGCUCCACCGACCUCUACCACAAUUGUGGCAGCACCCCCUCCGUCAGCCAUAAGCGGUGCCCUGUCAGCAGUGCUGGGGCCUGCCGUACCGGAGAUAAAAAUCAAAGAGGAAGUGGAGCCUAUGGACAUAAUGCGACCAGUAUCUGCAGUCCCUCCUCUGACUACGAGUACCGUGUCCCCGUCUCUGGCAUUGCUGGCCAAUAACCUUUCAAUGCCUCCAAGCGAUUUGCCACCUGGUGCCUCCCCGAGGAAGAAACCCCGUAAGCAGCAGCAUGUCAUCUCCACAGAGGAAGGGGACAUGAUGGAAACAAACAGCACUGAUGAUGAGAAAUCGACUGCCAAAAGCUUGCUGGUGAAGGCAGAGAAACGCAAGUCUCCUCCAAAGGAGUAUAUAGAUGAAGAAGGUGUAAGAUACGUCCCUGUGCGUCCAAGGCCGCCUAUCACAUUGCUCCGUCAUUAUCGCAAUCCUUGGAAAGCUGCUUACCACCACUUUCAGAGAUACAGCGACGUCCGGGUGAAAGAAGAGAAGAAGGCUAUGCUACAGGAGAUUGCCAAUCAGAAGGGUGUAUCCUGUCGUGCUCAAGGGUGGAAGGUCCAUCUCUGUGCGGCGCAGCUAGUACAGCUGACAAACCUGGAGCACGAUGUGUAUGAGAGACUGACAGCCCUGCAGGAGGGACUCAUUCCGAAGAAAAAGGCAGCGACUGAUGACGACUUGCAUCGAAUCAACGAGCUGAUACAGGGGAACAUGCAGAGGUGUAAACUUGUGAUGGAUCAAAUCAAUGAGGCUCGAGACUCCAUGCUAAAGGUCUUGGAUCACAAGGAUCGUGUUUUGAAGCUUCUAAACAAGAACGGAACUGUCAAGAAAGUAUCCAAAUUGAAGCGAAAGGAGAAGGCGUAAGAGCCAGAAAUGGCAACUCUGGAGAAGGAGAACCUGUAUAGAAUGGAGUCAAACCUUUUUGUAGUUUGUGUUUAUUUUUAAGCAGAGCAUCUGAAUAAAAAGGAUGAGUUUAAAGAACAGAUGGACAUGCGAAGCCUGGUGAUCUGACGGGAUUGUCACUGAUCUGUCAUAAUGAACAAAGAUUUCUCUCAGGCUCAUCCCUUUUUUGAAGUCUUUCCAGUCCCAUCUGUUUAACCCUCCUGAUGUGUCAGUGCCUACUAAUUGGAACGAGUGAUGCCAAGUGUGGUGGACAGCGCUCCUCUUCUGUCCUGCAGCUUAGGGGUAAA